GGUGCCCCAGUGGUGGUCAUGAAGUUUCUGCUAAAGAAAUGCCUGCGCAAGAAGGCGCCGGAGAUGAAGCCCGGGGCCAUCCUGGAUGCGGUCAUCUCGCAAUCCUCGGCCUCCGCCUGCAAGUGUUUGCUCUACAAGCUGGCGGAUUACAAGAGGGGUGGCGACCUCAUCGAUGCCAUCAACUCCGGCGGCCUGAUUGCCGUGGAGCAGCUUAUCCGCGAGCAGUUCGGCGUCUUCAUGUACAACGACGGCAAGGGGCAGGUUAUCAAUCGGGCAGAGUUCCUGCGCUGGAAAUACCGUGACCACACCGAGGUCACCAUACCCAUUGAGGCAUCGCUGUCGAUACACGAUCCCCUGGGCAAGUGGGAGGACCACAAGGCCUGCUGGCAGAUGCAAUAUCGCGGAGCUCUUGGCGAGAGUCUGCUGCAUGUGCUCAUCAUUUGCGACUCCAAGGUGCAUACCAAGCUGGCCCGUGUCCUGCUUCGCGUUUUCCCCAACCUGGCCCUGGAUGUGAUGGAGGGCGAGGAGUAUUUGGGGGCCAGUGCCUUGCAUUUGUCGAUUGCCUAUAGCAACAAUGAGCUGGUGGCGGAUCUCAUAGAGGCCGGGGCGGAUAUCAAUCAGCGGGCCAUCGGUAGCUUCUUUCUGCCGAGGGAUCAGCAGCGUGCUCAUCCGGCCAAGAGCACCGAUUACGAGGGCCUGGCCUAUAUGGGUGAGUAUCCGCUGGCCUGGGCCGCCUGCUGUGCCAACGAGAGUGUUUAUAAUUUGCUGGUGGACUGCGGUGCCGAUCCCGAUGCCCAGGAUUCCUUUGGCAAUAUGAUUCUGCACAUGGUGGUGGUCUGCGACAAGCUGGACAUGUUUGGCUAUGCUCUGCGUCAUCCCAAGACACCGGCCAAGAAUGGCAUAGUUAACCAGACGGGUCUCACUCCGCUGACCCUGGCCUGCAAGCUGGGCCGUGCCGAGGUCUUUCGCGAGAUGUUGGAGCUGUCCGCCAGGGAGUUCUGGCGGUAUAGUAACAUCACCUGCUCGGGUUAUCCGCUGAAUGCCUUGGAUACCCUGCUCCCAGAUGGCAGGACCAACUGGAACUCGGCUCUCUUUAUAAUCCUGAAUGGCACCAAGCCCGAGCAUUUGGACAUGCUGGAUGGCGGCAUCAUUCAACGUUUGCUGGAGGAGAAGUGGAAGACCUUUGCCCAGAAUCAGUUUCUGAAGCGUCUGCUUAUCCUGUCCACGCAUCUCCUGUGCCUGUCGGUCUCGGUUUAUCUCCGGCCUGCCCACGAUGGCGAGGGCGAGGGAGAUGACUCUGAGGGCGAUGAUCUGGCAGCGGGUGGAACUGCUGCGGCUUUACAAGCGGUGGCAGAGGGAAAUGGUGGUAAUGGUAAUGGCGAAGAUGAUGACUACAAUGCCCAGACUGUGGCCCGAUAUUGUGCGGAACUGGCCACCAUUGCUGGGGUCCUGAGCUAUGUGGUCUUUCAGCAGGGCGAUGAGAUCAAGAACCAGGGAUUAUCGGCCUUUCUCAAGCAGCUGUCCCAUGCCCCCGCCAAGGCCAUUUUCCUGUUCUCCAACCUGCUGAUCCUGGCCUGCAUACCCUUUCGUCUGAUUGGCGACACUGAUACCGAGGAGGCUAUCCUGAUCUUUGCUGUGCCUGGAUCCUGGUUUCUGCUCAUGUUUUUUGCAGGAGCCAUUCGUCUCACUGGACCCUUUGUGACCAUGAUUUACUCCAUGAUAACCGGCGACAUGUUCACCUUUGGCAUCAUCUACUGCAUCGUUUUGUGCGGCUUCUCGCAGGCCUUUUACUUUCUGUACAAGGGACAUCCCCAGGUGCAGUCCACCAUGUUUAAUACCUACACCAGCACCUGGAUGGCCCUCUUCCAGACCACCCUGGGUGACUAUAAUUAUCCCGAUCUCAACCAGACCACCUACCCGAAUCUCUCCAAGACCGUGUUCGUCAUCUUCAUGAUCUUUGUGCCCAUCCUGCUGCUAAACAUGUUGAUUGCCAUGAUGGGCAACACCUAUGUGACGGUCAUUGAGCAGUCGGAGAAGGAGUGGAUGAAGCAGUGGGCCAAGAUAGUGGUCACCUUGGAGCGAGCUGUGCCGCAGGCGGAUGCCAAGGGUUACCUGGAGGCCUACUCCAUACCGCUGGGGCCGGCGGAUGAUACGGGUUUCGAGGUGCGCGGUGUGAUGGUCAUCAAGAGCAAGAGCAAGACCAGGGCCAAGCAGCGCAAGGGAGCAGUGUCCAAUUGGAAGCGCGUGGGUCGCGUCACCCUGACGGCUCUCAAGAAACGCGGCAUGACCGGCGAGGAGAUGCGCCGCCUCAUGUGGGGCCGUGCCUCCAUAUCCAGCCCCGUCAAGGUGGCCAAACAGAAGCUGAAGGAUCCCUACAACAUGCAUCCCGAAUCGGAUUUUACCAAUGCCAUGGACAUGCUUACCUUUGCCAAUAAUCCAGCCUCCUCCAAUGGCGUUGUCCUUCGUACAGCAGCAGCACCACCGCCGCCGGCGGCUGCUGCCCCGCCAGCUCCAGAUCCCUUUCGGGAGCUCAUCAUGAUGUCGGAUCAGCGGCCGGAAGCCCAUGAUCCGCAUUACUUUGCUGGCCUCCAGCAGCUGGCCAACAAGGCCUUCGAUUUGGUGGAGCAAACCAUGAAGACCACCACCACCACCACCACCACCACCAAGAAGGUGGCAACGGUGGAUCCUUUGCCUGUGGCCGCAGCUGUAGCUCCUCUAGCCGCUCCUGCUGGAGACCUGCCCUUGGCCAUGCAUUUGCCCAUUUCAAAUCUGAGCAACUUGUUCCAGGAUCCCAAGGAGAUUGUGGAUCCCAAGAAGCUGGAGGAGUUCAUGGCCAUGCUGGCCGAGGUGGAGACCGAGGAGAGCGACAGCGGUGGUCCCAUUUUGGGCAAACUAUCGCUGGCCAAGAGGACGCACAAUGCCUUGUCCAAGGCGGAUAUAAGGCGGGAGCAGCAGCAGCCGGGCUUUGAAGCCAUGUCCUCCUCGGUAUGGGCACCACCUGGGGCCUUGGCGGUGGAGACAACGGGCUUCCAUUUCGAUGAGGCUGUUUCGGAGGAGGUCUUGACCAUUGAACAGGAGGCCGAGGUGGAGACCGAGGAUGGCAAUGGUGGUGGCGAGGAACCCUGCUCUUCUAGUGAGGAUCUGCCCACCUCGGAGGAAGUGCAUGCCACCAUGAAGCAGUUCCAUUUGCGCAAAUGCCAGCCGGCUCAGGAUGAGGCCGCUAGCCGGGCCAAGAGUGCGCGUAUACGUCGCAGGAACAAAGUUUCCCCGGAACAAGGUGAACAACAAAGCUCUCCCCCCGAUCCUUUGGAGCCCUGGAGCACUCGCGAGCUGCAGGACAUCAACAAGAUCCUGGCCAGAAAGUAGAUGCUAUCUUAGGAG